AUGGACGAGAUCGAGCACUCCGCCGGCGACCUGUCGAGCAGCCUCUGCGGCACGCGGUCGGAGGUGGGCAGCGAGGCGAGCCGGCUCCCGGCGUCCGGGGGGAGCUCGGCCGACGGGCCCAUGGCGGAUCAGGCGGCCGCGGCGCCGCAGGAUGAUGAUGACGGGUUCCAGCUCGAGUUCGGGCCAGGCACCAGCGCCAAGGCGCUUUCGCUGUGGCAGCGGCUGCAUGAUGCGAAGAACGCCUUUAUGGCCACCGACACGGAUUUUCUCGAGAUGCAGACGUCCAUGGAGUCGGCGGCCGAGGCCAAGAACAACGAGAUCUCGACUAUGCAGAUGGAGCUCGACGAGGCGCGCCAGGAAAAGAGCGACAAGAUCCUGGAGCUGCAGAAGGAGCUCGACGAGGCGCGCGAGGCAAAGAACACCAUGUUGAUGAAGAUGCAGCAGCAGCUGAACGACGCACGGAUCGCCUCUGCCAAGAACAUGAUCAUCCAGAAGAGCCAGCUCGGCAGGGAGAGGCACAUCCUGAAGAAGCAGCUCGAGGUGGCGGAGAAGCAGCGGGCCAAAGCCCAGGCCGAAAAGGAGAUACUCAAGGCCAAUGUCAUACACAUGCAAAAGACCGUCUCGGCCCUGAAGGUUGUUCGCCUAAGGAUUCGUCCUCCUCCUCCUCGAACCUCAGCGAGAACGUCAGCGAGGGCCACGAGGAGGACCCGCUGA